ACUUGUUGCUGUUAACGGUCAGAAACAACGAAAUUUCCAGGAAGCCAUCAUUUCUACUGAGUGACUUGAACGCAGCAUCCACAGGAAUGAAUUGAGGGUUGAGAAGGACGAUGAAAACAAAAUGGACAUCGAUGGAAAAUAGCCUUGCUGUCUAUGUCAGACAUCUGACUGGCACUUUGCAAAGACCCAGAGAGGAGAGAAAGUGAGAGACCAGAGUUUGUAACCAUGGAGGCUCGCUUUGGUAAUAUUGUGUUCAGCUCCAAGUUUGACUCAGGGAACCUGGCACGUGUGGAGAAGGUGGAAAAGGGCAGCUCCUGCCCAACUUCCGAUACGGCUCCUGGUGGGAGUGGCCCCUCAGGGUCAAACCUUAGCCCUGACUACGAGUUCAACGUGUGGACGCAGCCAGACUGUGGUGGCACAGAACAUGAGAAUGGAAACAGAUCAUGGUUUUACUUCAGUGUACGGGGUGCUGCACCUGGGAAGAUAUUGAAGAUCAAUGUGAUGAACAUGAAUAACCAGAGGAAGCUCUACAGCCAGGGCAUGGCUCCUCUUGUACGCACUUUACCUGGCAAGAACCGGUGGGAAAGGGUUCGAGACAGACCCACAUCUGAGAUUGUAGAUAACCAGUUCAUCCUCUCAUUCACUCAUCGGCUGUCAGAGGUGCGGGGUGCGACCACCUACUUCUCCUUCUGCUACCCGUUCUCUUACUGUGAGUGCCAGGAGAUGCUGCAGCAGUUUGACAAGAGCUAUCCCAAUGCUGCUCAACUCAGUCCAAGCAGUGCACCAGGCAGUAUUUAUUACCAUAGGGAGUUGCUGUGCAACUCUCUAGAUGGCAACAGGGUGGACCUGCUCACUGUGACCAACUGCAGCGGUAUGCAUGAGGAGAGAGAACCCCGUCUGCCUAAGCUGUUUCCCGACACAAACACCCCAAGAGCACAUCGCUUCCCCGGCAAAAGGGUGUUUUUUCUCAGCAGUCGAGUGCACCCUGGGGAGACUCCCUCAUCCUUUGUGUUUAACGGUUUCCUCAACUUUAUCCUGAGAAGAGAUGACCCUCGUGCUCAUGCACUUCGAAACAUGUUUGUGUUCAAGCUAAUUCCCAUGCUUAACCCAGACGGGGUCAUUCGUGGCCACUACAGGACCGAUUCCAGGGGUGUGAACCUGAACAGACAAUACCUGAAUCCCAGUCCUGAGCUGCACCCUUCCAUCUAUGCAGCCAAAACACUGUUGCUCUACCACCACACACACAACCGCCUGCACAAGCCACAGUCCAGCACUCACUGUAACAGCUCCCCCCAUGCACAGACUACUCCCCUUAACACCAAACCCCCCAAUCAGCAUCAGUCUCCCCCCUUCACUGCCCUGGAGGUCAGUUUGAACCAACGAAAUGCAGAGAAGGAUACAAACCCUGCACUGCCAGAAGUUCCCAUGGUGACGGAGGAAAACGUCUGGACCUGCACUGAGAUGGCGAAGGGGGAUCAGAGCAGGUCAUCAAGCUCCUCAGAGACUGUAGCUCCUGUUGCUGUAGAGGAAACAGUACCACAGGAACAGGAGUCAAUUCCAGCCCAGGAGGGAGGGGUGGCUUAUUAUGUGGACUUACAUGGCCAUGCCUCUAAACGAGGAUGCUUCAUGUAUGGAAAUAACCUUCCCGACGAGAGCCAGCAGGUGGAGAACAUGCUGUAUCCGAGGCUCAUUGCUGUGAACUCUGCCCACUUUGAUUUCCUGGGCUGUAACUUCUCUGAGAAAAACAUGUAUGCACGAGACAAGAGAGAUGGCCAGUCUAAAGAAGGCAGCGGGCGGGUGGCCAUUCACAAGGCCAUCGGGCUGCUUCACAGCUACACUUUAGAGUGCAACUACAACACAGGAAAAGCCAUGAACACCAUCCCACCUGCUUGUCAUGACAACGGGCGAGCAACCCCACCUCCACCUCCUUCAUUCCCUCCAAAAUAUACUCCGGAAAUAUUUGAGCAGGUGGGUCGUGCUGUGGCUAUCUCAGCCCUGGAUAUGGCAGAGUGUAACCCCUGGUCACGGCUGGUGCUCUCUGAGCACAGCUGCCUGACGAACCUUCGAGCUUGGAUCCUCAAGCACGUCCGUAACACCAAAGGCCUGAACACGCACAUCCACACUCACCCUCCACUGAAAAUACACCACAAUGGCAGCAAGGUGUCACCGCCAAAGAACUUCAACAAUUGUCUGCCCGGCUCAGCAUCAGAAAACACCCUCAGUCGUGUCCGCUGCAACAGCCACAGCAGCAGCAGUCAGACACCCUCCCCGAAGAUGCACAGCUCCCCGAGUUUUACUUUUGGCUGCCCCCCACCUCGAACUCACACACAGCACAGCAGCACGCACGCCAGUGGACGUGGAGGUAACAAGACACAUGGGCCAGUCAGGGACCCUAAGCCUCAGGAGAAGAGACGCCCCCCACACCACCGCUCCAUCCUACGAUCUCCCAGCAACAGCCACACGCCCUCACGUCCCCCACUCUCACCCCCUUCAUCCUCCUCCUCAUCAUCUUCCUCAGUGUGUACGGUGGGCUCCUGUCCCCUCCCGGCCUCCGUCAGCAUGACAGGCAUCAGCUGCCCAGACUUUCAGGCUGGUGGUCCCAGUGCAGCAAGCUGGUCCAGAAUGCCUCUCCCCAUGUGUCAUGGGCGUGUGGGGAGAGGGUGCCCAACUCUUACAACUACUCGUCACCUUGCAAAGGCCAGCAAAGAGGAUGCUAAAGACUCUGGGCCUGAACACAUCCUUUCCUCCAUCAAAUUUAGCAAGUGUAAGCUGCAGCCUCAUAUGAGCCGCAUCCCCAUCCGGCAGGUGGGGUCAACUGAAACCCUUCCUACACAUGACCAUAAAACAUCCCCUACCAGUAUUAAUGUAGUGUUGUCCAGAGACAAGGACGAGUCAGCCACCAUGAAAGUCUGGAAGCUGCUUAGACCUGGCCUCCAUCGACAUCUGUCACUGUCAGGUGUAUCAGGGAAAGAAGGUGCCAUACAGUUGGCCUCUAAAACACUAAUGAAGAAGAGCACAGACAGGAGUCUCCACUACAGAGGAAAUACUGCUGUAGAAACUGCACCAGAGAGGGAUGAGACUCUGCAACAUGUGAUACACACACAGGUUGAGGAAACUCCGGUUAUGCUUCUGCCUGAGACUGUGAACAUAUGUGAGACAGUGACCCUGUGUGGAGAAGCAUAAGAAGUGCACAGAUGAGGACUUGCUUGUGUAUACCACACGUCUGUAUUUGCUUAAUAUGAGUGUAAAUUACCAUACUGUGAUCAAAACCAUUAGAAACUACUAAAUAGGAGGGGGUGUUUUCAUCACAAGAGGAUUGUUUGGGCUCUCUUAAUGUGCAAUACAACAUUUUUCAAUACUUAUGCAGAUUCUGCUGAUGCAUGGUGUUUUCAACCAGUGCUGUUCCAGUCAGACAUACUGUAGGAGCUGUCCAGUACAACCACUGAGCAGUUCUACUGGAGCAGGUGGGAGUUAAGUGCCUUGCACAAUGAAACCACAGCUGAAUAAGAAUCCAUAGACUUGAAAUAUCUGUCAAGAUUUCAUUUACCAUCACUGUAUCUCACAUAUCAUUUUAAUCCUUUCCUCUUGCGGUUGCCUCCCCCUAAAGUUAAGUUAAAUGCACUCUGACCAACACUGUUAUGCACUGAUAAGUAUUUUCACAGUCCGCCACUUAUAAUUUUGCAGUUAAAGGUUGAUUUGAUUUUCACAAACUGACGAGCACAAGAGCACCUCUUAUAACCUCCGUAUUUACAGAGACAAAUGUGAGUGUACUGAGUGUGUAUUUAAUGUGAUUAUUCCAGAAGUUCUUUGUACUUUGCAUAUUGUUUAUAAAAGAUAUUCACCCCGUUGGACUUUUUCAUGCUUCAAUUGACACUGAUCAGCAGCAAAGAACCUGAAAUGUCAAACUAUAAAACAGUAGAUUUAAGUGUAAAUUUGAAAUUAGGUAUUAAACCUCUUUGUUUAAAGAUGCCAACAUUUUUUAGAAUCCUCAUACUGAAUUCAUUGUCCGAAGACAGCCUUAAAACACGCUUGCACUGACAUUGAUGCCAAAUGUGAAUCUAGAGAUUAGUCCACUUUGAUUUGAAUGUCCAGUGAUAAAGUCCCAAGAAUGGCUGAAUACUUUUAUACACACUAUGUCAACAACAGCUGAACAACGUACUUUCCCUGUCACAUUCCAUUAGUGCUGUUUAUUGCACAGUGUACCAAUAUGGGAUCACAUCCUUUAUUACCAUAUAUAUUCAUAUGAUAUAUUUUGUGUAAACUGUUACAGGAACUGUCUUCUUAAAUGUAAAGAUCAUAUCUUUGACCUUGAGACUUGCAUUUACUGUAUUAGAACUUUAAACAAAGUUGAAGUAUAAAUAAAUGAACUUAGGGGAAAAAAUUCCCUUGUUUGUUACUCUUUGCAGUAUAACUCAAUGAGAAUUUACUGUAUCUAAUGCAGAGCUGCAGAAUAACUUAAGGAGUUUAAUAAAAUAUAAAUGCAAA